AUGUCAAUGUUCCAGAAUGUCACAUCCCCCUCCAUCAUUUUCCUGCUAACUGGUGCUCCUGGGCUGGAAGCCGUCCACAUCUGGAUCUCCAUUCCCUUCUGCCUUCUCUAUAUAACUGCCCUCUCGGGAAACAGCCUGAUUCUCUUUGCCGUUGUCACUCAGCCCGGCCUCCACAAACCCAUGUAUUAUUCCCUCUCCCUGCUGUCCACCACUGACCUCGGCCUGUCCAUAUCCACCCUAGUCACCAUGUUGGGUAUAUUCUGGCUCAAUGCCCGGAAGAUCAGCUUUAAUGCCUGCUUGUCACAGAUGUUCUUUAUUAAACUCUUCACUGUCAUGGAAUCCUCAGUGCUGUUGGCCAUGGCUUUUGAUCAUUUUGUGGCCAUUUCUAAUCCUCUUAGAUAUGCCUCUAUCUUAACUGAUCUUAAAAUAGCACAGAGUGGAGUAGCAAUUAUCACCAGAGGGACACUAAUACAGACUCCUUUGGUGUUGCUUCUGAAAAGACUAUCCUAUUGUCACAACCAUGUGCUUCACCACUCCUAUUGUUUCCACCCCGAUGUGAUGAAGCUCUCAUGCACAGACACCAGGAUUAAUAGUGCAGUUGGAUUGACUGCCCUGAUCACCACUGCUGGAGUAGACUUGGUCUUUAUCAUCCUUUCUUAUGCUUUGAUCAUUAAAACUGUCCUCAGCAUUGCAUCCUCAGAAGAAAGGAAGAAAGCCUUCAACACAUGCAUCUCCCAUAUUGGGGCCGUUGCUCUAUUCUAUAUCCCAUUGAUCAGUUUGUCCUUUGUUCACAGAUUUGGGAAACAGGCCCCACCAUAUGUACAUACUAUGAUCGCCAAUGCCUAUCUGCUGAUCCCCCCCGUGAUGAACCCCAUUAUCUACAGUGUGAAGACCAAACAGAUACGCAGGACUGUGCUGAAAGUUCUCCAUCCCAGUGCAGCAAAGAACUAG